AUGUCUCUACAGCAAAUACAGGACACAACUCCGAGUUCCUUCGGUUUCGAACCUCCCGUAACGAACGAUAGUGGUGUAGGGUCAAGCCUACCAUCGAAGCGGAGCUCCAAGGCGCUCGACUCCAGCGAUACGGACGCAGUUCAAAAGACCGCCGCUGCUGCCAAAAGAAGCAGGAAGCGGAACUUUGAAAUAAACGAUACAUACACCGAGGAUGAAAUCGAACCGAAUCUCAACCUUGAAGCAGUUGCGGAGGUUGGCGAUGGUUUGGGAGCUGCAGCGGACAUUUCCGUUCGUGAGAUCGAGAGUAAACGGGUUUUUAGCGGAAUUCGACCGCCUCAUUUGGUGUACCCAAGAUCUCAAUACGAAGGAUAUCAUCACGAACUUCCUAAAGAGAAGGAGAGGAUUGUUGUCCAGUUUUUCCAGAGUAACGAGCAAAAGAGUGAUGGGGAUCUCUCUGACGAUCCAGACUUCUUUCAUCAAUACCGCCUAGAUGAUUUUUCAGUAUAUCAUCCGCUCAAUGACAAACGACUCAGCGGCGAACUCACUUGCGUGUCAAAUAUAUGUACCCGGGGAGGGUUUGAUCUUCUCUUUGAUGGGGUCCUGUCCGACGGGCAGCAGCGGCGAUACGUAGAAAAGGUCCCGUUCAAGGCGUUAUCCGUGGGAAAUUAUACGGACUUGACAAAGCACGAUGUAUCUCAGAGCCUAUGGAUACAGUCCGCGCUGAACUCCCAUAGUAACAUCUGGUAUGCACUGGGCACUCCGUCGGGUGCAUACGCACACUAUUGGACUCCCUUUGUGUGGCUAGCCAAUUUCGCUAAACAUUUUGUAGACUACCUUAACGAGCAUGAAUUUGUGGUGCUGCUGGACUUUAAAUACAAGUUCUCUAAAUGGAUAAAGACACACCAUGCAGGCCACGAAAGCUUCGACAGAUGGUUUGAUGAAUAUGGCAAAGAUGAUUUUCGACAACCUGUAGCUGUCCACAGGAACUGGCUUUGGAAUCAAACAUGCUGCUAUUCACAAGGCCUUUCUACUAGACACGUCUGGAAUGAAGUACUUCACCUCAAGUCCAUCAAACAGGCACCAGGGGCCUGGAUAGAAAAAACCGUGGUCACACCUUAUGUACACGAAUGUUUUGAGCACAUGUUUGGCGAUAAGAUGAUGGUUGUCAAACCCCCACAGAACUUUGAAUCUUUAAAGUUUUCAGGCGUCCAUAUUCCAAGCCCAAUCAGAGCAAAACGUGAUCAAAAUGGUAAUCUUGUCAAGGUGGCUGUACAAGUCAAGGUUGGAGAUGUCAUCGCUAUCCAGAAAGACGAAGGCACGGAGUGGCAGAGCACAAGUAAUACCUGGUAUGCCUACGUCCAGUCAGUUCAAUACAGCAAAAAUGACGAUACAAAGCCAUAUGCGUUGGAUGUUAUUUGGCUUUAUGCUCCUUCAGACACAACUCUUGCAAAGGAAAGAUAUCCGUUCAAAAACGAACUCUUCUUCUCGGACCACUGCAAUUGUAGCGAAGACAGGUUGUACGCUAGCGAUGUCAUUACUACGCUUACUGUAAGGUUCUUCGAAGGACCCAAUGACGGGAAGGAGUUUUUCAUUCGACAGAAAUAUCGUACUGGUGAUCCAGCAUUCUUGACAUUGUCCAAGGAGGACCUUGCAGGAUGCAGGCACAAGAAGAUACUGAAAUCUCCAUACCAGACUGUAGUAUCGCAGUACCAAGUGGGGGACACAGUUCUCGUCGGGGCUGUUCAUGGAAAGAAGGAUAUCCUAGAGCCAGCCGAAAUCUUUCAUUUUGACGAUUUUACAAGUGAAAUCCACGUCAGGGUUUUGGGGCGUCGUAUUGCGCUUGAAGACUCAAGUAAAGCUCGGCCAAACGAGCUCUUGUACACUGAUAAAACAGUGCCUAUCAAUCCUCAGUUCAUACACAGGCGCUGCCAUGUACGCUUUGUCUACGCAGAGGAUGUAAACGCAGGGAAUAUUCCAGUUCCGUACGACCGUAAUGGCACCGGCGACUGUUUUUUUAUCUCGUCGUAUUUGUACGGCCCGGACGGCGAGCAGGGUAUCCAACCUUUCGAGUCAGAUGAGUUUCCCCAAACUUUACGUCAAGGGUUUGACCCGGACGUUCCACCCAAUGCCCCAAUUCUCAAUGGGCUGGACUUGUUCUGCGGAGGAGGAAACUUCGGAAGAGGUAUUGAGGAAGGCGGUGUGAUUAAUAUGAAAUGGGGAGUGGACAUUGACGUACCUGCGAUGCACACGUAUGGAGCGAAUCUGCGAACACCAGAUGAAACUGCGCUUUACUUGGGAAGUAUUAACAAUUAUCUACGCGAUGCAAUCCUGGGGAAGACCAGUUACAUUAUUGCUGGAGCUGGGGAGGUUGGUUUUAUCAGUGCCGGAUCACCUUGUCAAGGUUUCUCCAAUGCAAACCGCAACAAGUUCAGUGAGAAAUCGCUGCGCAACUGUUCACUUAUUGCCUCUGUAGCCACUGCUGUGGAUUUCUACCGCCCAAAGUAUGCACUCUUGGAAAAUGUCCACGGCAUGGCAGCUACCCGCAUCAUGCCAGACAAGCGUGAAAUCAACGUGUUCUCGCAGCUCCUGUGCUGUCUCGUGGGCAUGGGAUACCAGUGCCAGCAAUUCACACUCGACGCCUGGUCCUUCGGUAGCCCGCAAUCACGCACACGUCUAUUCCUCAGUAUCGCCGCACCUGGUCAGAGGCUCCCACCGCGCCCUCCCCGUAGUCACGAGCACCCCUCGACAAUUCGAGAUCUUUCCCUCUUCAGGGUUCCCAACGGACUGAAGUUUGGCGGCAGAGAGCUUGUCGGCCCAUGCACAUACCCAGCUCCCACCUCUAGGGAGGGCUUUGGCGACCUCCCCUUCCUGGGUAACAACCACGUCGGCAUCUGUAUUCCCUGUCCCGACCACCGUAUCUCCCGUAUCGAGUCAUGGAGAACACGCACAAUCAUGGCCCACGUCCCCAAGCACGGCAUCAGCGUCCAUCAGAAUUCCUGGCGCGCCGCCAUGAAGGCAGGACGCAUGCCGAAGGGCUGCGGCUACGAAAUGUCAAUCUCGCAAUACAAGGUUCGCGAUGGGUGCAAGACCUGGUCCCGCAUUCUGGGCGACAGCCUCUGCAGGACCAUCACUACUACAUUGACACCGCAGUGCUCGUAUACUGGUCAGUGGGUGCACUACGACCAGGACCGCCUCAUCACCAUCUUGGAGGCCAGGCGCGCGCAGAGCUUCCCCGACGAUGAGGUCCUGCUGGGAAAUGCGUCGCAGGCGUUCAAGAUUGUGGGGAACAGUGUGGCGAGGAGUGUGGCGUUGGCGUGGGGCCUGGCCAUCAGGUAUGCGUACCUGGACGAGGUCAUUGAGGAGGAGUUGGCCGCUGAUGCCUAG